AUGCGCACAGUCGUCUCGCGAACGUCCUAGUUGCAACAUUAACGCGCAGCAGCUAAAGGAUUUAUUCUGUAUAUCCUAACGCUAAUAGGCUGUAAAACUGUAGCGCGCUUUUUUGUGAUAAUUAAAUUUGAACUUUGUGGAAAAAUGGCGGGUCCAUUCUUAUCACCUCUACCCGGAGAUCUUUUAACCGAAUACAUGUUCGGUCGGCGACGUCAACGUCGUAAUCGUACAACUUUUACGCCGCAGCAAUUGCAAGAACUCGAGUCACUCUUCCAAAAAACUCACUAUCCGGAUGUGUUCCUACGUGAGGAAGUGGCGUUGCGGAUCAGUUUGAGUGAAGCGCGUGUGCAGAACGAGACGUGCCCACCUCUACAAACAACCGGUAAAUCUAUCCCCAAAGGGAUAUUGUGAAAUACCUUGGCAUGACCUCAAUUGAAGACUAACCUGGAAAACUCAUAUCGAAAUUAAAGUUGGACAAGCAAAACUAAAAGACGUAAGCAUUGAAU